AUGCUCGAUUUCCCUUCCGAAUCCGAAGACAGAACCUCCAAUUACGAUGAACAAUUAUCUCGAGUUUGUUAUUACAUUAGUUCUGGAACAGACCCCACACUCGCCACUCCCCUCGGUCACGGAAUGAUUCAUUCUCAACAACCACACUUUGCAUCUUCCAUCGAUAUGAAUCAACAACAACAACCACCACCACUUGGAGGUUAUGACUAUUCUUCGAAACCUUCAUUUCGACUCAAAGAAAGUGAAGAAUACGAUCAAGUCAUUCGUCUCACUCGAAAAUGCACUCUCCUCGCCGUGGGUAGUUGGCUCUUUUGUUGUGGUUGUUUCUAUUCUUGUUUUUGUUUCUUACCCUUGAUUCGAAAGAAUUUCAUUUUCCAUAAUCAUGAAUGUUCGUUUUUGGAGGAUGCUCGAUGGAAAUAUGUUCGAUCCUUCCGCGGGAAUCGAUACAAGGACUCUCCGUAUCGACGAGUGAGGAAAAUUGCAGAGCGAGCCAUUGAGUUUGGAUUUGUGGGAUGUUGUGCUGCGAAUGUGUUGAUUUUGUUUUGGGUGUUUGCGUUGGGAAUUGCUGCUUUGGUCGUGACGAUGGUGAUGCUUUUUGGUUAUACGAGGUGA